UAGCGGCAGAUCAAAGCACAUGCACUGCGUUGGAACAUGGAAGCACCACGUCGUAAAGUUCAAGCCAACAGUGGCUAAUAAACUGAGAACACUCUGUGGUCUCACUGAAAAACACAUGCACUGCAUUGAGCAGGAGCAUAAAUAGGAAGUUGAACCUUACACAUUUCACCAAAUCCAAACACCAUAGCUCUUUCUCUCUUUCUUCUGCCAUUUAGAGGGACUUAACAUGUUGCAGAGGCACAGAGAAUUGGGAGACAACGUUGAUGAUUCGAUGAACUCAUCAUUUAGGCGGUCGUUGUUGGUGUUGUUCCUUCUCAUGGGCACUUCUUCCCUUGUUGCUUCUCAUGAUAGCCUGCUAUACGACUCCACGGCCUACACAAAGUGUAAGGGGAAGCCAGAGAGGGCACUUUAUAACGGAGGCAUUCUAAAGGAUAUUGAGAUUACUUCAGCAAGCAACGACUCUUCGCCAUCUUUUAUGUUGCUCAAUCUGACCCAAGGAACCAAGUACUCUUUCUCCAGUUGGGUUAAGAUCGAUGGAGUAGAUUCCGCUCUCAUACGUGCAAGCCUGACUACAGAAAAUGAAGAAUUGAGUUGCAUAGGGAAUGUAGUGGCAAGGAGUGGAUGUUGGUCAUUCCUCAAGGGUGGAUUCACUCUAAGCUCGUCGCCGAGUACUUCUACAUUAUCCUUUCAGGGUCCUGGAAACAGAGACAUCAGUAUAGCUGUUGCAAGUGUUUCAUUACAGCCCUUCACCGAUGAGCAAUGGAGCCGGAAUCAACAACGCAUUAUAAGCAAAGUUCGAAAACGCCCCAUAACGAUUCACGUUUCGGAUGGAAAUGGAGAAAGGCUGCAAGGAGUGGACCUUCGAGUCGAACAGAUCUCGAAGGAAUUCCCAUUUGGAUCUGCCAUAGCUAAGAGCAUCCUUGGAAACAUCCCGUACCAGAAGUGGUUCGUGGAGCGAUUUAACACGGUGGUCUUCGAGAAUGAGCUAAAAUGGAGCACAACUGAACCCGAACAGGGUAAAAUCAAUUACACCAUAGCAGAUCAGAUGCUGAAAUUCGUGCGAGAGAGCGGAGUCAUGGUCAGGGGGCACAAUAUAUUCUGGGAGAACCCCAACUUCGUCCCUGCGUGGGUCAAGAACCUCACAGGGUCGAACCUGGAGAAGGCCGUGAAUGCCCGAAUCACAAGCCUAAUGGACCGGUACAAGGAGGAGUUCGUCCACUGGGACGUGAAUAAUGAGAUGCUCCACUUUGACUUCUUCGAGCAGAGGCUCGGGCCGAAUGCCUCACUAGACUUCUUCAAGGUGGCCCAUGAAUCAGACCCUCUGGCAACCCUUUUCAUGAACGAGUUCAAUGUGGUGGAGACUUGCGACGACAAUAACUCAAGCGUUGAUGGGUACAUUUCGAGAUUGAGGGAGCUCAAGCGGGGAGGCGUGUCAAUGGAUGGGAUUGGGCUGCAGGGCCACUUCAGCACACCGAAUCUUCCCCUUAUGAGGGCUGUGAUUGAUAAGUUGGCCACGCUCGGGCUCCCGAUUUGGCUCACGGAAGUUGACAUCAGCGACAAAUUUGAUAUGGAGACACAGGCCGUUUAUUUGGAACAAGUGCUGAGGGAAGGCUUCUCGCACCCCUCUGUGAAUGGAAUAAUGAUGUGGACCGCAAUUCGUCUUGGCAGAUGCUUCCGGAUGUGCCUGACGGAUACCGAGUAUCAGAACCUUCCGGCAGGUGAUGUGGUCGACAAGCUUCUACGAGAGUGGACAACCAAGGACAGGGAAGGCCGCACAGACAAGUUUGGAUCAUACAGCUUCUUCGGGUUCUUAGGCGAAUACUUGGUAACUCUGAAGCAUGGAAACAGAACAGUGAAAUCAACAUUUGCACUGUCUCACGGUAUAGAAACCAUGCAUGUCACCAUUCACUUGUAAACGGUACACAUCGUCCGGAAGACGCUGUCUGUCAAGGAAAAUCCAUUUAAACAUUAUCCGCGAUGAAUUUAUCUGAAUCUUGGCAAAUCGCUUCAGGUGGCAAAUUUAUUUUCAUCGUCAAUGUAGUUAGUGUAGCUUAAAGAUUGUCUUGACAAGUCCACUUAUGGCAA